AACGAUAUCGUUUACCUUUUUAAAUGUGGCCACACUUUGCUUUGACUUGUCAAUGUCAUGUCAUACGUCAAAGGUGGAAAGUGAGGUUAGAGAGAUUGCAAUGCCGCUUUAAAUAAUCGUCGUUAUAAUUGUUAUUUGUUAUUGAGAAAGGAGUGACUAAAGCAGGAAUAAACUUUAAAUGUCGUUUCUUUGUUUACAGAGCAACACAUGAAGUUAUUCUUUCGUCCAAUUCAUAUCAACAAAAGUGAAAUCAUCUUAUAAAACGACAUUUCUAGUUACGGGUUUCGAAGAAAGAUGACGAAGCUUCGUUUUGAAUUCACAAUACUACCUGGGAGUGACGAAAAAACAAAUGUCUGUUGUAUAACCUCAAUAACCACCGAGGACAACAAGAGUUAUGCAUUACCGGACGGACUACAGUCAGUUGGUCAUCACAAAGAAUUGAUAAAAACAGCGGCAUAUAGUAAAGUAAAGAAUAGUUUAUCAAAAAGGUACCAGACAAGGAGAAUCUGGAUCUCGCUAACCGAGGAACUAGAGCAAAUUUAUAUGGAUGAGGACGGUAAUGUGCAGUUUGCAGACAGAUACCUGGAAGAAUUGAAUCAGGACCAAUGUGCUUCUACCGCACCCACUGCUGCCGGCACAAAAGGGGCCAAUACCUUAGAAAACUUAUUAGCAAAGUUAAUAGAAAGUACACAGGAAAGUAAACAACAGAGCUUGAAGAAUAUUGCGGAUAAGUUUGUGAUCGAGAAGUUUACUAGCAAACAUUCGAAUGCAGCUCAAUGGAUGGACAUUUUUGAAAAGGAAUGUGAGCGUUACCAGAUAUCGGAUGAAAAAAAGAUAGAAGUUCUUAGGCUCUUUAUGGAUAAAAGUUGUGCAGAUUGGUACAGUUCCAUGAUUGUAAAACUGACUAUGAAUGCAGAAUGGUCUGAGUGGAGGAAAAAAUUUUGUGAAUCAUUUGUCAACAAAGGGUGGAGCCCAGUUACAUAUGCAUUACUGUAUAAAUAUAAGGAUGGCUCACUGUUGGAUUAUGCUAUAAAAAAGGAAAAGCUUUUACUCGAUAUGAGGAAGUCAAUUGAUUCUGGUACAUUGGUGGAUCUUAUCGCAGUGGGUUUGCCGGAGUACAUAUUAAACAAAAUUGAUAGAGAAGCGUUGAAGGACACAGUUGAGUUGUUCAAUGAAGUAAGCAAGUAUGAGCAUAUGGUUACCAAAAAAAGCUACAUAUUUAAGAAGAAAUAUGGACCCUCAAGAACAAAUUUCAGGAAUGAGGAACUAAAGCCAUGCAAAAUUUGUGAAGGGUUAAACAAAGGCACCCGCUAUCACGCUGAGACUGCAUGUUGGUUUCGUACAAAAGAAGAUGACAAAGUGAAGAAAAACUUCAUUAAACAUGUUAAUAAUGCAUUGAUAGAAGCAGAGUUAAAUGAAUCAGUUCCAAAAAACGAAUACUAACACCACUGAUAAAGGUCAAAUUACUAAUUAAUGAUAAACAUCUGAUAAAUGCAGUCUAUGACCCAGGCUCAGUUGUUUCCAUUAUAAAUUCUAAGCUCUUAAGCCUAAAAGGGAGAGGAAACGAAUUAAAUGAAGAAAAUUUAGUAACAGUUGGUGGUGUUAAAAAAACUGACGGUUUGACCAACCUAAAAAUAAAAAUCUUUAACAAAGAAGAGAAUGUUGAUAUAUCCAUUGUGGAUGAACAAUAUUUCAAGCAUGAUUUUCUGAUUGGCUUGGACCUAAUAAAAAUAUUCCGAUUAACUCAAGAUGAGAAUUUGGAUAUACAUCAGGUACUGGGUACAAACAUAAAAGAUAAUGAGAAAGUGGAAGUCUCAAAUGAAGAAAUAAAUCAUAACCAAUCAAAAGUUCCUGGGAAUGAUGAGAACACAACAAAAGAAUAUUAUGUCAAUUUUAAUGAGCAUAUAAAGGAGGAGGAUUUUAAGAUAAAAAUUGAUCAUUUGAACAAGGAGCAACAGUCUGAAAUAAAUACAUUGAUCAAUAAAUAUAACUCAGUGUUUGCAAGGCAUAAAUAUGAUGUUGGGACUGUCAAUGGGUAUGAAGCCAGAAUAGACUUGUUGGUGGAUAAAUAUUGCAGCAAGAGGCCAUACAGAUGUACCAUGGAAGAUAAAAAAGAGAUAGAAGAGCAAAUUGGAAAGUUACUAGAUAAUAAGUUAAUAGAGGAAUCCUAUAGUCCAUUUGCUGCACCGGUCACAUUGGCAUUUAAAAGAGAGGAGAAUAAAAAAUCAAGAUUAUGUAUUGACUUUAGGGACUUAAAUAAAAUAGUAGUACCACAAGCUCAGCCCUUCCCACUGAUCGAAGACCUUAUGACGAAGACUAGGAA